CUGAAGCGCCGGGCUGAGCCGGCGCACGUGUGAUCGCUGCUGAGGAAGCGGCGAGCGGCCGAGCAGGUGUCGCUGCGGCCAGGGCCGCACGGACCAGAGUGAGGUGCGGGACGCGCGGGUCUCGGUGUCCAGCCGGCGCCCGUCACCGAGUUCUGUGUCGCGGCCCCUGCGCCUCUCCCUAGCGAUGCUGUGGAGCCGGAACUGCUCUGGAGUCGGCUGCCGCUUGUCAAGCCUACCCUAGCCUCUGUUCCCGGAACGGCAGCGUCGCAGCUGCGGCUCAUCCACCCGGGGAUGCCCGCGGGCCUCACGGAACCGGCCGGCGCCGCUCCCCCGGCCGGUGUGAGCGCCUCCGGGACCGUGACGAUGGCCCCCUCUGGGACUCUGCCUGUCCGGGUGGAGAGCACCCCGGUGGCGUUGGGCGCCGUGACUAAGGCUCCUGUCAGUGUCUGCGUUGAGUCCACGGUGUCCCAGCCCCUGCGGUCCCCCGUGGGUACCCUGGUGACCAAAGUGGCUCCUGUCAGUGCUCUUCCUAAACUCAGCAGCGGCCCCCCGCUGCCUGCUCCUCAGAUAGUCGCUGUGAAAGCCCCCAACACCACAACAAUCCAGUUGCCUGCUAAUUUGCAGCUUCCUCCAGGAACAGUUUUGAUCAAAAGUAACAGUGGCCAGUUGAUGCUGGUAUCUCCUCAGCAAGCUGUGACAAGAGCAGAGACCACUACUAACAUGACUUCAAGGCCAGCUGUACCAGCGAAUACUCAUACAGUCAAAAUCUGUACAAUGCCGAAUUCUAGUUCACAGUUAAUUAAGAAAGUGGCAGUGGCACCUGUUAAAAAAUUGGCACAAAUAGGAACUACUGUGGUAACCACUGUUCCAAAGCCUUCCUCAGUACAAUCUGUAGCUGCGCCAACGAAUGUUGUCACAGUUACUCCUGUAAAGCCGUUGAAUUCUGUAACUACCUUGAAGCCUUCAACUUUGGGAGCAUCAGCUGCCCCCUCAAAUGAGCCCAGUCUCAAAGCAGAGAGCUCAGCAGCUGCUCAGACAAGUCUUUCUCCGGCGAUGCUAGAAAAUGUGAAGAAAUGUAAGAACUUCCUUGCAAUGUUAAUAAAACUAGCAUGUAGUGGAUCACAGUCCCCAGAAAUGGGGCAGAAUGUGAAGAAACUGGUGGAACAACUUUUGGAUGCAAAAAUUGAAGCAGAAGAAUUUACUAGACAACUGUAUGUUGAACUCAAGUCUUCACCUCAGCCUCAUCUAGUUCCUUUUCUUAAGAAAAGUGUGAUUGCCUUACGACAACUCAUGCCCAACUCCCAGAGCUUUAUUCAGCAGUGUGUUCAGCAGACCUCUAACGAGGUAGUCAUUGCUACCUGUACCACAACAGCAACAACUUCUCCUGUGGUGACAACAACAGUUUGCUCAAUCCAAUCUGAAAAACCCAUCAUUGUUUCUGGAGCAACAACACCAAGUACUGUGUCAGUGUCGACUCUGAAUCCACUUGCUGGUCCAGGGGGAACAAAAACUGGAGUUGUGACACUUCAUUCUGUGGGUCCAGCUGCUGUACCAGGAGGAACAACAGCUGGAACUGUUUUGCUUCAGACUCCAAAACCGCUUGUGACAUCUAUUCAGAACACAGUUACAGCAGUCUCGCUUCAACCUGAGAAGCCAGUUGUCUCUGGGACAGCAGUCACGUUGGCCCUUCCAUCAGUAACUUUCGGAGAAACUUCAGCUGCAGCUAUCUGUCUUCCAUCUGUGAAACCUGUUGUUACUUCUGCUGGGACCACAUCUGACAAGGCCGUCAUUGCUCCUGUACAGAUCAAACUUGCGCAGUCAGGCCCCAUCCUUUCACAGCCAGCUGGGAUUCCACAGGCAGUUAAAGUUAAACAACUAGUAGUCCAGCAGCCUUCAGGAGGUGUUGCAAAACAAGUGACCACACUUUCCCAUUCCUCAGCAUUGACGAUUCAGAAAUCUGGACCGAAGAAGAUGCCAGUGAGCACCGCAAUACCUACCAGCCAGUUUCCUCCAGCUUCCAUUCUAAAGCAAAUUACCCUGCCAGGAAAUAAGAUUCUGUCACUCCAAGCAUCUCCUGUCCAGAACAAUAAAGUAAAAGAAAAUGGAACCACAUCCUUCAGAGAUGAAGAUGACAUCAAUGAUGUGACUUCCAUGGCAGGGGUCAACCUAAGUGAAGAAAAUGCCUGCAUCUUAGCAACAAACUCUGAACUAGUUGGCACACUUGUACAGUCAUGUAAAGACGAACCAUUUCUUUUCAUCGGAGCUCUGCAAAAGAGAAUUUUAGAUAUUGGUAAAAAGCAUGACAUUACAGAACUUAACUCUGAUGCUGUGAACUUGAUCUCCCAUGCAACACAGGAGCGAUUACGAGGCCUUCUAGAAAAACUGACUACAAUUGCUCAGCAUCGAAUGACAACUUACAAGGCAAGUGAAAAUUACAUCCUGUCUAGUGAUACCAGAUCACAGCUCAAAUUUCUUGAAAAGCUGGAUCAAUUGGAGAAGCAGAGAAAGGAUUUAGAGGAAAGAGAAAUGUUACUUAGGGUAGCCAAGAGUCGUUCCAACAAAGAAGAUCCAGAACAGCUGAGAUUAAAGCAGAAAGCCAAAGAGUUACAACAGUUGGAGCUUGCACAGAUACAGCAUAGAGAUGCUAACCUCACAGCUCUUGCGGCUAUUGGACCAAGAAAGAAGAGACCACUAGAAUCUGGGUCUGGAAGUGAGGGCUUGAAAGACAAUCUUCUUGCUUCUGGGACAUCCAGCCUGACAGCCACCAAACAGUUGCUUCGUCCAAGAAUCACAAGAAUCUGUCUCAGGGACUUGAUAUUCUGUAUGGAACAGGAAAGAGAGAUGAGGUAUUCUCGAGCUCUAUACCUUGCCCUUCUGAAGUGACCACUGCACUCUCCAUCCAGAUCCUUGCUGUUUACUGCCAAAGAAGACAUAAAGAACGCUGUUGGACUCUCCUGAAGUUUCAGUUUCCAGAAAAUAAUCACCAAUAGGGAAGACCAUUGUUUACAGCUAUAAACUUUUAUUAAAUCUUAUUUAUACAUCCCAUGGGGUUCUUAAUGAUUAGAAUUCAACCUUGUCUUCUGGAAAUUGGUUAAUGAAACACGGUUUAUACAGACGUAGGCUUCUGCCUACCUGUGCAUUUAAUUACAGCAAGUCAAGGCCCUGUUUGGUACCACCUGCUUCAUUUGCCAAACUGUUAACAGGUGAGGUGAUUUCCCUACUACAGCCAGCGCUAAGAUGCAAGGGAAAGAAAGGAAGAGUGACUACUUACCAAGCAAACUGAAUUCCGCCCUCUACUAAACCUGUCUCAAGGUGUUAGGUUUUCUGGGCUGGGAUCAGAAGUUGCAGAGCUGAUUGUGACAGUCACCUUCUGGAGUUGGAGGUGACGAGCCACAGAAUAGGGUCUGUGGUGACUUUGAUCAGCUCAUCCCGGUGUUGUCAAAACUGAGGCAAAUGGGGAUAGUUUGUGCCUGAGGUUGUGGUUCUCUGGCUCAUCACCAUAUGCUGCUUCUGAUACCGAGUGAGGGGACAUCCUGGUCUGGGAAACUAUAAAACAGGAACUGCUGAUACACCUCACUGGAAACUGGGAAAGGUGGGAAGUAUUGGAAGGAAUGAAGGGGCGUUGCAUUUCACCUGCGGAGGGGAAAGUGAAAAUGGAAUCCCAGAGUGGGAAGUAUGCCGCGGUGCCCCCUCCAUUCUGGGGGUGAGAUUGGCACUCCCAACACAGCUGGUAUAGGUUUUGUUGACAGGACAAAAUCACAGUCCGACCAAAAAGGAAAAUGUAUC